ACACACGUCGCAGUGCACUCUGGGAGUUGUAGUCUAUAUAUCUUGCGGCCUAAUUUCGGUGCGUAUGGCGAUGUCUCACCCGCACCGUCUCACUGACUCGAUGGCAAUGAUCAAUAUGGAGAAUUACAAGAAGCAAAUUGCUGAGCAGUUCCUAAAUCAUGCGCUGGAGAUCAUCUACCUACUGACCGGGGAGAGAUACACGUUCAUGAAAAAUCCCUCUGACAGCAACAUUCACCGCGUGAGCAGACAGGUCCCUAUAAAAUGUAAUGACCUUACCCUGUAUUUCACGGUUGAGGAGGGGCAAUAUGUAGACGAACCAAAGGAAGUGAUUAUGGAGAGUCCCCAAAUGCUUCGGACUGUAGAAAUCCAAACAUCUGAGAGCGCUGGUUGCUGCGAUGAACAUCGGGAGACCAGAAAAAAUGUGGUGCUUCCAAAAAAUACUGAAGGGAAAAAACAUUCAGAUUGCGCUGCAGAUGACGAUAAUGUUGUAAUAAGCACUGAACAGAGAAAAGACUUAAGAAUAACGAGUCGCGUGGAAUCUGUGGAUGAAGAUAUCUGUGACAACACCAGCACCGAUGACGCAAACGCGGACUUGCAAAUGAGCGGUGAUCAACCAGAUGAGCUGAGUGUCAGGCGUCACAUGCAGGCGCUGGAGCAGGAGAUCUGUGGUAGUAUGAGCACAGAUAUUUCUGAUGAAGCUGGUGAUGUCGUCUCAAACCAUGAAAAAAAAGUGUUGGAGGUAGAAGAGAGAGAUGAUCUGCAGAUAAAUAUCCAGUCGGACCUCUGCGUAGAUAUUUCUGAUGAAGCUGGUGAUGUCGUCUCAAACCAUGAAAAAAAAGUGUUGGAGGUAGAAGAGAGAGAUGAUCUGCAGAUAAAUAUCCAGUCGGACCUCUGCGUAGGACUUCAUGAAGAAAGUUCGGACGCUAUAGCCACUCAUAAGGUAGAAGACAAUGCGAGAGAUGAAAGUGGCGCUCAUCAGUCGGAAAUCGUUCCCGGCGCAUCUGCAGGAGCCAGCAAUCAUUAAAGAUCUACACAUUGCUAUACAAUGGGUUGUCAAGAAUGAGGCACUGUUCUAUGGGCGCAUAACCAUGCCAAGUUAUGUGUCAAUGAAUGAAGAUGACCGCCAGAAGCCCAUAGAUAACGUGAUGCAAAGAGAAGAACCAGAAGCAAGGGAGCCAUUCCUCUUUGUAUUUCAGCACAGAGAAGAUAUGGAGUUGUUUUUGCAGGCAUGUCUUGACCAACAGGGCCUCCAAGUUAAUGCCAUGUUCAACAAAUGACUGAUGGACAAGGGGUGGUGGUGUGUUAUUGUUUAAAUUAUUGAUAAUAAUAAAAAAAUAAGAUAAUUAACACCA